AUGGCUACGGACAGGACGACUCCCAUAGCCAUCAUUGGCAUGAACAUGAAGUUCCCGGGCGAUGCAGUAUCUGCACAAGCCUUCUGGGAGCUACUGAUGAGCGCGAGGAACGUAUCAAAAGAGAUACCGUCUGAUAGAUUCAACAUAGAUGCUUUCUACCAUCCCGACCCGAAUCGGUUAGACAGUUUACGCAUCCGCCAUGCACAUUUCAUGGAAGAAGACCCCCGGAGUUUCGACGCACCCUUUUUCAACAUGUCAUACGCAGAGGCAUCAGUUCUAGAUCCGCAGCAGCGUGGUCUUCUUGAGGGCGCCUACCGCACAUUCGAAAACGCGGGUAUACCCAUGGAAACACUGUCUCGAUCUCCCACAUCGGUCUACUGUGCAUCUUUCUCCCGAGAUGGCGAAACAAUAACUGGACGCGACUUUGCCGCACAAUCGCGUUAUCACGCCACUGCCAAUGGCUCAUCCAUGCUGAGCAACCGUGUCAGCCAUUUCUUCGAUCUAGCGGGGCCAUCUCUUACGGUUGAUACAGCCUGCUCAUCGGGAUUAUAUGCCUUGCAUCUCGGCGUGCAGAGUAUUCUCGCUGGUGAGAGCGCCAUGUCGCUUGUCUGCGGCGCGAAUACAUUUAUUACACCCGAGAGCCAAGCACUUGCGCUCAGCAACGGCGGAUUCCUAAGCGUUGACGGAAAGAGUUAUAGCUUCGAUGAGAAGGCGAAUGGUUAUGCAAGAGGCGAAGGAUUUGGUUUCGUCUUGCUCAAACCGCUGGAAGCCGCCAUAAGAGAUAAAGACGUUAUCAGGGCAGUGAUCCGGGCCACGGGUGCGAAUCAAGAUGGUCGAACACCCAGUAUCACACAGCCGAGUCAGCAGGCGCAGCUUGAUCUGUUGCGAGACACAUAUCGUGUUGCAGGCCUUGAUGUUGCUGAUACGGACUAUGUUGAGGCUCACGGCACCGGGACACCGGUUGGCGACCCCAUCGAAGCGGCCGCUAUAGGAGAGGCUUUCCGCGAUGGUCGCAAGUCUGAUAGACCACUGUAUGUUGGUUCAGUAAAAUCCAAUAUUGGUCACUUGGAGGGCGCUUCGGGUAUGGCUGGUGUGAUCAAAGCCGUUCUCGCGCUGGAGAAGGCUGUGAUUCCGCCCAUCGCCAUGUUCGAAAAGACGAAUCCUGCUAUUGACACAGAGUAUUUGCAGCUUGCCUUUCCGAAGGGACCAGUGCCAUGGCCGCAAACGGACAUCCGUAGGGCAUCCGUGAGCUCCUUCGGAUAUGGAGGGAGCAACGCCCAUGUGAUCCUCGACGACGCAUGCAACUACCUGCGCAGUCACGGCUUGAGUGGCCUGCAUCAAUCAAUUGGCGAGCCCACAGCUACCAAUGGACACACCAACGGAUGCACAAACGGACAUAACAACGGACAUACCAACGGCAACGGCACCAUCCCAUCCGCAACCCCGUUCGCCAUCAUCCCUUUCUCAGCAGCAGACAGCGACGGCACGACGCGCCAAGCAGCGACCCUCCAAGACUUCCUCUUGUCACGCGAUACCCCCCACGCCCCAGAUUACCUCUCAGACCUGACCUAUACCCUCUCCUCGCACCGAUCUCUACUCAGCUACCGUUCCUUCGCCAUUGUCUCCUCCCUUACCGACGAUCUCACAGCCCUCCUUUCGCCGAGCAUAUUCAGCAGCACCUCUUCCGCCCCCGAUCUCUCAUUCGUCUUCACGGGACAAGGCGCGCAAUACGCGCGCAUGGCUAUCGGUCUUCUGCACUAUUCCAUCUUUCGCCAAAGUCUCACUGAUUGCGACGAUUAUCUCAAAACCCUGGGAAGCACGUGGUCUGUGCUAGAAGAACUUGAGAAGGACAAGGACGUAAGCAAAGUCAGCAAACCGGCACUAUCGCAGCCCCUCUGUACCGCCAUACAAAUUGCUCUUGUAGAUCUGCUGCGCACGUGGGGCAUUGUUCCUCGCGCUGUAGUUGGGCAUUCGUCUGGUGAGGUCGCGGCUGCAUACUGUGCAGGCGGACUAGAUCGUGAGAGUGCAUGGCGGGUGGCUUACUUCCGUGGUGUUGUGGCCGACAAGCUGGCUUCUGACCAAGCGAGUGAGAAGACCACGAUGAUGUCGGUGGGCUUGGGUAAAGAGGCUGUUGAGCCGUAUCUAAAGGCUGAGCCAUCGGUGACGGUCGCGUGUGAGAACAGCCCUGUCAACGUCACAUUGUCGGGUCCCGUCGUGGCAAUUGCACGCUUGUGUGAGGCGCUAGAGGCCGAGGAGGUUUUCGUACGGAAGCUGCCUGUGACAAUCGGGUAUCACUCCGAGGCGCUGCGGGAUGUUGCAGGGGAAUAUGAGGGCUUGCUGGCCGGUAUAUGCGCUCCAGCAAAAGGCAGCAAAGCGCCGAGCACUGUCGCAUUCUUCUCGUCCACCGAAGGCAGUUUCAUCACGUUGGAGGGUCUUGCAAGACCAAGCUACUGGGUGAAGAACCUUCUAUCACCAGUUCUCUUCACCGACGCUGUAACAGCGCUGAUAAGCGAGCGCAAGCAAGCUACCAAAUUCCUUGUUGAGAUCGGCCCUCAAUCUGCUCUUCGACGGCCAGUCAAAGAUAUCCUUGCGCACCUUGGUGAAGGCCAGGAUAAGUGGACAUAUGCAGCUGUGCUUAACCCUCGUCAACCCGACAUCCAGUCUCUCCUCGAAACCAUCGGUGCCCUUUGGAGCGCCGGUCUACCCAUCGAUCUCAACAUUCCCAACCAAGCCACUCUGAAGCCCAUGACCCAGCCAAAACGAGUAACAGACCUUCCAGCCUACCCCUUUUCCAGGGCCAAGCUCUACUGGGAGGAACCCCGCAUCAGUGCCCUCUACUCGCAACGACCUUUCCGGAGGCACGCCCUCCUAGGUCUACGGGAGAACGACUUCAAUCCCCAGCAACCAACAUGGCACCACAAGAUUCGUCUCGCCGAAGCUCCUUGGAUUGUUGACCAUGCGCUCGAAGGCUCGCCUCUCUACCCUGGCACAGGCAUGCUCGUAAUGGCCAUUGAGGCCGCACGGCAACUUCUCCCACCCAACGCGGCAAUCAGUGGGUACAAGCUCGAAAACGUGCGGUUCAUGCGCUCUGUUCCGGUGAAUGAGACGGAAAAGGGCACUGAGGCGAAAAUCUACCUCCAGCCGCGUCGACAUACAGCCAAAGACGCUGCUCAAGGCGUAUACGACUGGCGGGUGUUUACGCUCGGAGGCGACGAGUGGAUUGAGUGUGCUUUUGGCAGCAUUCGUGUUGAACUUGAGGAUGCGGAGGCCUCGCCCGAGACAGUCGCACGCAAAGCUAGGUGGACAAGCGCCGUGAGCGAGGAGCACGCAACCGCGGCAAAGCAGUGCACGUUGAGUGUACAGAGCGGGCAGCUGUAUGAAAACCUGAGCAAGAAGUCUGGAUUUGACUACGGGCCAUAUUUCCAGGGCUUGCGAGAUAUCAAGUACUCCCGCAACGGGUGUGCGUCGGGUACUCUUGCGCUGCGGGAUUAUGCGAAGAAUAUGCCAUACGCCCAGGAGGAUCCAUGUGUGAUUCAUCCUACAACGUUUGACUCGGUAUUCCACGUUGGCUUUGUCUCGUUGAGCAUGGGCGGGUGGGAGGCCAUUCCAACACUCAUGUUCAGCAAUCUCAAGGAGCUUUGGGUUUCGCACAAGUUAUUCACAGUGCCUGGCAAUCCACUGCUGCACGUUGCAACAAAGGAAGUCGCUCGCACAUUUAGAGAGUUUGAGUGGGAUGCUAGCACCCUCCUUGCUGAGACUGGUGAGCCGGUCAUUGUGGCAAGAGGUGAGCGUGGAACCGUGAUUGCUGGCGCAGGUAGCAGCACUCGCGAUGACGACGACGGCGCCAGUCGCUUUUCGUACGGCAUUGACUUCAAGCCUGACCUCUCGCUGCUUAGCAAAAAGGAGACGGAGGACUAUCUCAAGGCGCUCUUCGCGCGCGACCCACAAUUCUCACCAGACCCUAAGGACGCCGAGGCUGUCGACCGCGCAGAUGCUAUCGCAUUGUAUUUCAUCGAGCAAGCACUAGAAAAGAUUGAGAACGGCGAACCAGUGGAGUUUGACAACCACUUAACCAAAUACGUAGACUUCCUGCGCAAGGUCCGCGCGAACAGGGAGAAAUAUACGUUGGAGUCACGGGGGCUAGGUCAUUUGAAUAUCGAAGAUGUCUUGCGCGAGGCAGAUGAUGAGCCAACACAGAAGCUGGUGAAGAAAGCGGGCGAACAUCUUUACGGUAUUCUGGCCGGGACAGAUAACGCGUUACAGAUCAUAUUUGAGGGCAAUCUUGCCAAUGACUUCUAUCACUGCGACUUUUACUCACGCCAUUACCGCAAAGCUGGCGCAUACAUGAGCAUCCUGGCACACGCAAAUCCUCAGCUCAGAAUUUGCGAGGUUGGUUCAGGAACAGGCAGUGCCACGUCCAAGGUCCUACCGUUCUUGGUCGACACUGAAGGUCUCCAAGGCGAUCAGCUUGUGCGUUUCGGUGAGUAUGCUUACACAGACGUCUCAGUCGGUUUCUUCGAGAAGGCGCGCGAGAAAUUCGACUUUGCCGAAAAGCACAUGCGCUUCGCCAAGCUUGACCUGGAGAUCGAUCCCUCUCUACAAGGUUUUGAGCUCGGCAGCUACGAUGUGAUCAUGGCUUGCAACGUCGUCCACACUACAUCGGAUCUUAUGAAGUGCCUCCGCGAUCUCCUUGCACUCUUGCGCCCAGGCGGCAAACUGAUCAUGAUGGAGACUACUGUUGACAACAUCCGCGACGGCAUCAUCUUCGGCUUGCUACCCGGAUGGUGGAUGCGCGAGGGCCAUUGGUGGGAGGGUGAGGAUGUUGACGCCGUACCAGGAGAAGAUGAGGCGCUGGGACCUAUUCUUACUGAAGAUGGAUGGGACGCUGCACUGAAGACGGCAGGCUUCUCAGGCGUGGAUAUGGUAUUUAGAGACAACGAGUACAAACCUCGUCACCGCGUCUCAACGCUCGUCACCACAAGACCAGAAGAGGUGAAGGUUGAAGCCGCACGCGAGAGCUGGGUUAUCGUCACAGAUCCCACGAAGUCUGCAUACGCCGAUGUGCUGAGAUCAAGGCUGGCCGCUGUAUCAUGGAUCGGAGAGACCGAGACAUACACACUCGACGGCCUUGUUGCUGCUGGGCUGGAGCUAAGCAACACGAAUGUCAUUAGCUUGCUCGAGCUAGACACUUCCCUCCUGGGCACUAUCGCAGGGCGGCAGUUUGAGGCUCUCAAGAAGAUUAGCUUGGAUGCUAAGACCGUCCUCUGGGUCACACGCGGUGGCAGUCCCGGUGCCAGCAACCCUGCCGCCGAGAUGGCAGUCGGCUUCUCGAGAAGUAUCUGCUCUGAGCGAGGUGAUCAGGCCUUCGUAAUCUUAAGCUUAGAGACGGACGAUUCGACUGAGGGGACGAGCCAUGUACUCCGUCUCAUCGAGCACUUGCACAAGAUAGGAGGAGGGAAGAGCGCAGACGCUGAGUCCGAGUACGCAGUAAAGAACGGCCUUAUACAUAUUCCGCGUGUCGUCCCACAGAAGAGCGUCAAUCACACUCUCGCCGAGCGCGCGAAACUGCCCGACAAACUCACAUUCACGCUCGGGCAAGCUGAUCUCAAACCGCGCAUAAAGUUGACCAUCCAGCAGCCUGGUCUCCUCGACACUCUCUACUACACUGAAGUUCCAGCCCCUAGCAACGAGCUGCAAUCCGGCGAGAUCGAGAUUGAAGUAGCAGCCGCCUCCCUCAACUUCCGCGAUGUAAUGAUUUCUUUAGGCCAAGUUCCUGGUGAUGGCCUCGGUCUUGAAGGAUCUGGUACCGUCAAACGUGUCGGGCCAAACUGUACUUUGCAACCUGGCGACCGCGUCAUGUACUUCAUCUUCUCGACAGGUGGUUGCUGUGGGACUUAUGUCCGCUGCGACGAGGCGUCGACGCGCAAGAUCCCCCGCGACGAUAUUCCAUUCUUGGACGCGGCUGCUAUUCCUGCUGUAUGGGCUACAGUUGUGUAUGCAUUCGAUUACGUAGGCCGGCUACGCAAGGGCGAGAGCGUCUUGAUCCACGCUGGUGCUGGUGCUGGUGCUGUAGGCCAAGCUGCUAUUCAGCUCGCGCAACUUCGCGGGGCGAACGUCUUCGUCACGGUAGGAAGCAAAUGGAAGCGCGAGUUAGUGAAGAGGCUUUACGGGCUCGCUGAUGACCACAUCUUCCACAGCAGAGAGGCCAGCUUUGUCGAUGAUGUGUUCCACGCCACAAACAACCGUGGUGUCGAUGUCGUCCUCAACUCUCUCGGCGGAGAACUCCUUCAACAUUCAUGGCGCUGCACUGCGCCCUUUGGCCGCUUCAUCGACAUCGGCAAAGCCGACAUACUUGCCAACAACACACUUGAGAUGGGCCAUUUCUUGCGCAACGUCACCUUUGCAGCCGUGGAUGUUGCGGGAAUGUACGCCGAGAACAAACCACUGAUGCAACUCGUACUCGACGAUGUGUUUAGCCUGUUUGCGGCGCAUCCUGAGCUUCAUAACCCCAAACCGCUGCAUGCAUUUCCCCCGAGUAAGAUCGAGGAGGCGAUGCGUGCAUUGCAGGGUGGUAAGAUUGCUGGAAAAGCGGUCAUCGACUUUGAGACAUCUGGUGAUGUGGUGGUAUAUCAACCUGCGCGAACGCCUUCGUAUGGAUUUGACGCGCAGGCCACUUAUGUUAUCAGUGGUGGAUUGGGCGGGUUAGGGCGCGAGAUCAUGCGCUGGAUGGCCUUUCGCGGCGCGCGGCAUUUCCUCGUCACCUCAUCCCGAGGUGUAGCCGGGCGCACUGAUGUCAUCGCCUUCAUCAAAGAGAUGGAAGCUCAGGGAGUCGAGAUCCACGCUCCGGCAUCAGAUAUCUCCAAUCGCGCUGUCCUGCAGGCGACGCUAGAGGAGGCUAGCAAGACACUACCCCCGAUCAAAGGAUGCAUCCAGGCAGCCAUGGUGUUGUCAGACAACAUGCUUUCAAACAUGACUGCUGAGCAAUUCCACCGUGCCCUGGCACCCAAGUACCAAGGCUCUUGGAACCUCCAUGAGCUCCUGCCAAAGGAUAUGGACUUCAUGGUCUUCCUCUCUUCCAUGAGCGGUAUCAUCGGCAACCCCGCACAAGCCAACUACGCUGCAGGUAACACAUUCGAAGACGCGCUUGCACGUCACCGCGCCGCGAGCGGGCUCAAGGGCGUCUCGUUCGAUCUCGGCUUGGUUCUAGAGGCUGGAUGGGCGAGCGACAACUUCGAGGACGUGACAAAGAGCUUGCGUGCUGGACUGGGCGGCUUGACGCAGAAGCAGCUGAUGGCGAUUCUGGACGUCCUGUGCGAUCCAUCGUAUGACUGUGCGGGCGCAGCAGCGCAGGUGGUGAACAUCCAUGAUAAGCCUGCGAAGCUGUAUCGUAUGUUCCAGGAUGGCGUGUUGCACUGGGUAGGCAAGCCGUUGUUCAAGAACCUCCUUCGUCUGGGACAAGUCGAGCUGGUCAACAGCACUGGAGGUGGCAGCGGACGCGAUGCGACAGCGGUCGACUACCUGGCCCUCAUCAGAGCGGCGGCUGAUGCUGAAGAGGCUACGCAUAUUGUUACCAUGGCGUUGCUCGGGAAAUUAGGCAAGUCGCUGUCGGUGCCGGCCGAGAGUCUGGAUGUCGGCAAGCCGGCGUAUGUGCUUGGUGUUGACUCGCUCAUUGCGGUUGAGCUGCGAUACUGGUUCCUCAAGCAAUUCGGAGUCGAGGUCCCCGUGUUCGUGAUAUUGAAGAAACAGCCAACCGUCGAGUUGUGCCGGCACGUAGCGGAGCAGGUCGUUGCCGCCACAUAA